CCGACUCUGCCUGGGCUGCUUUUCCUUUUUGACCUAAUUGCGUUUCCUUUUGCCCUCGUGCUUUUAGAGCCGGCCAGGCCGCCGUAGAGCGGGAGCCAAGAUGGCGGCCCCCAUAGCUGCUGGUGUGCUGAAAGCAGCGUCAGGAUUCUUACGGCCACUGAAUAUCUUGGUGUCUUCGGCCUAUCGAAACUGUGCUAGGAAUGCCUGUCUUCAUUCUACACUGGCCGCCCAACAGUUUUCUCAUCUUCAGACACCACUUGUUUCUUCUGUCCCCAGAUUUCUUACAUCUGUCAGAAAUUUGACUUGUGGACAUACUGCAGCAAUUCUGCCGAGAGUGGCUCCUUUGCUUCCAAAGAUACAAACGCAGCCGGUCAGAACAUUAACAUACUGCAGCACAAGAAAAGGCAAAAGAAAGACUGUGAAAGCUGUUGUCUACAGAUUUCUUCGACUUCAUUCUGGCCUUUGGCUCAGAAGGAAGGCUGGUUAUAAGAAGAAAUUGUGGAAAAAGACAGCUGCAAGAAAAAAACGCCUGAGGGAAUUUGUGUUCUGCAAUAAAACCCAGAGUAAGCUCUUAGACAAAAUGACAACAUCUUUUUGGAAGAGACGAAACUGGUAUGCUGAUGACCCUUAUCAGAAUUACCAUGACAGAACAAACCUGAAAGUGUAGAUCAGUUUAUGACUUCUCAUCUAUUGAACAUGUAUCUGCCUGUAUAUGAGGUCUCUGUGCAAGUAAGGGUAAGAGAAUGUAAAUUAUUCCAGCUAAUUGUGCUAACAUUUGUUAUCUUAUUAAAAUUUAAUGGAUUAAUAAACAUUCCCAAAUUUGUUCAGGAAAAUAGACUUGACGUUGUUAAUCAUUUUUAACAAAUGGUCAUGGCUUAACUAAUUGUUAAAUAGACUGUUUUGUUGCAAGAAAUCUCAUUAGUGCAGACAUUAAAAGACUAUAAACUUAAUAAA